AUGCUGGCGCUGCGCUGCGGUCCCCGCCUGCUCGGUGCGCUCUCCCGCCCGCGCUGCACGCCCGGCCUCCUGUCGGCGACGCGCGCCUGCAGCGACGGCGGCGCCCGCGACCCGUCCUCCUCCUCCUCCUCCUCCCGGAACCCGCUCGUGUACUUGGACGUGGGCGCCGACGGGCAGCCGCUCGGCCGCGUGGUGCUGGAGCUGAAAGCUGAUGUUGUCCCAAAGACAGCGGAGAACUUCAGGGCCCUGUGUACUGGCGAGAAGGGCUUUGGCUACAAAGGCUCCACCUUCCACAGGGUGAUCCCAGCCUUCAUGUGCCAGGCUGGUGACUUCACCAACCACAAUGGCACUGGGGGCAAGUCCAUCUACGGGAGCCGCUUUCCUGACGAGAACUUCACCCUGAAACACGUGGGGCCAGGUGUCCUGUCCAUGGCCAACGCGGGCCCCAACACCAACGGCUCCCAGUUCUUCAUUUGCACCAUCAAGACAGACUGGCUGGACGGCAAGCACGUCGUCUUCGGCCACGUCAAAGAGGGCAUGGAUGUCGUGAAGAAAAUAGAAUCGUUCGGCUCCAAGAGUGGGAAACCCUCCAAGAAGAUUGUCAUCACCGACUGUGGCCAGCUGAGCUAACCCAGAGCCAGGGCGCUGGGACAAGAGCCGCCACCUGUGUGCCGGCGGACCCAGGGGCUCUGAGCGCAGCUGUCCCCUCCGGUGAUCAUUUUCCCACCCAAAUGAGGAAGGUCGCUCCAGACCUUGCUUCUCCACCGAGACCCAGCAGGCCGCACACUGGUGUCCACCCUCCCUCUGGACCCCGUUUCUGGGCGUCCAUUGUGGACACUACCGUACACCCUUGGCAGGCAUUCCUGGUGACUGAGUGCACAGCCCUCAUUCCCAUGGGCCGUGGACAUUGGCAAUGGUGAUCUGUUGGCAUCCUGGGAAGAUUUGUCUUUCUCCUUGACCAUAACUGGGGAGGGGUGGGGGGACAGCAUUGACUGUUUAAUGUCUUCCUGGUUGCAAUAAUUUAAUAAGAUCCCAUGAAGAAGCUGUGACACUGAUUAUGCCAUGCUGUGAUGUGAUCUGCGUCAGCACAGGCCUCCGAGCCCCAGAGCCUGUCUCUUGAAACACAACUCAGGGCCUUUGUGAAAGUGCCUGGUGCCAACGUCUUUCCUGCUGGUUACUGUGAAUCAUGCGUGCUGCGGGGUUUUUUUUUUUUUUCCUCCUUUUUUCUGAGGGGAGUCUUGUCAGGUAGAAGGCCCUUGGACCAGGGAGCGUAUCUGUGAUCUGGGCCUGCUCAAUGUGAAUUCCUGCGUCGAAAACUUCUGAAAAUAGCCUGUACGCGCUGUACUCCAGAGGAAAGAGUCCUGGCAGGCUUGCUUUACUGAGUGUUGAAUAAACCGAAUCUACUGAUGAUGUAUGUAAAAGAUUUCUGGAAUAUUCGUUUGUUUAUCUUAAAUGUAAUAAUAAAUCCUAUUUUCUGUAAAACUGA